UGAAAUUGUAUUGAACAAAUCUUGAGACAGACCUUGACGUCAAUGAUUGGCUCCGUCUGGAGUAGAGCGUCAUCUCGUGUCACGUCGUUUUCUUUCGGUAAUUUCCGUUUUGCCUCCUUCCUGUCAGUUCCACCAACGACUUGGAAACGGAAGCCAUUUCUAAUUGUAUAUUUAAUCUGGUAUCACCUGUUAGGACUUUAAUAAGUUCCAUAUUUGUAAGCGUGUUGAAAUAACGUGCAUUUGCUUUGAUUUUAAUGAAACCCGAAACCUCAGAACACACCGCCAUAUUUGCUCUCGGAUAUACUCGGCUGAAAUCGGUAAGUCAGGGAAAUGGACGAGUCUCACUCGGCAACAAAACAACUGGGGUUGGAUGGAGCGUCCGAAAGCACGACUGUCGGGCCAGUAGAGGAGGGGGAGGAUUCGGAUACUGAAUCGGAGGCCGAAGGCACGACGAUGACGGUAAUGGGGGAAGCUAACAUCGACAUCGGAGCCGAGUCCUUGCCGAAUCCAGACGAUACGCAAUCCACAUUCGCAGAGGUCACGACUGUCACUGUUGGGGAUGUCCAGGCAGAUGACAAUGUCUUCACCACCUCCGUGUCCGCGUCCGCUGCCAUUCCAGAGCACGUUCUUACAGGUAGGACUACGCUGCAGAUUGGGGACAGUCUGAAUACCCAGAAGGCCACGCUGAUCGUGGUCCACACUGAUGGCAGCAUCGUGGAUGCCAGUGGGCUGAAGGGGUCGACUUCUCCAAUGGCAACAGGGCCUCAGACUCCAUCCACGCCCCUGACCCCCAUCCAGGAGAAAGACGGCUCCAAGUACAACUGGGACCCAUCUGUCUAUGACAACGAGCUGCCAGUUCGCUGCAGGAACACCAGCGGCAUCCUCUACAAAAACAGACUUGGCUCAGGAGGGAAGGGUCGUUGCAUUAAGCACAACAACGCCUGGUUCACCCCCACUGAGUUUGAGGCGAUGGCGGGCAGGGCCAGCAGUAAGGACUGGAAGAGGAGCAUCCGCUACGCCGGCCGGCCUCUCCAGUGCCUCAUACAGGAGCGCAUUCUCAACCCCCACGCUGCCUCCUGCACGUGUGCGGCCUGCUGUGAUGACCUAGCCCUGUGCACAAAGGACGGCUCGUCAUUCACUGCGGAGAACAUAAAUAUGACGGGACCAGUCAGGUUGUUUGUUCCCUACAAAAGACGCAAGAAGGAGCCUGAACAAGCUCCCACUCCGGAGAAGAAGGACAGUCCACCAACCAAGAACAUCACACUCACACCAGGAACUACCUUUACCGUGACUCCCUCCGGUCAGAUCACCACCUCUGGCACGUUGACCUUUGACCGCACGCCUACAGGCGAGGCCACCGCCAUCAUCUCGGAAGGCCCUGCCCAGGCAGACGUGUUCGCCAGCACUGCAGUGCUGACGACGCUGCCAGCCCUGGCUCUCGCCCCUCCCCCGGCGGUGGUCCAGCCCAAAUUGUCGCCGCCGGUCCUGAGUAACCUGAGUCAGCUGAGUAACCUUGGCAACGGGCUGGAUGCGGACCAGCGCACGUGGCAGCAGCUGGAGGAGGCGGCCAGCACGCUCCUCGGCGCCGCCCAGCAGCUGAAGGUUCUGAUCGAGCAGGCCAAGCAGGCCAGCCUGGCCCACGGAACUGCCAGUGGCACCAGUGCCACCACCUGCGCCAGCUGCCCCGACGGCCUCAGCGUCAGGAAGGAUCCCUUCCAGACACAGAUCCCGUUCCAGAACCCUGAGGACCCUGAAGGCAAAACCACAGAGAUCCUCAUCAAGCAAAUGUGUGUGAACUGCGGCCGUGACGCUGUGAGUGAGUGCACAGGCUGCCACAAGGUCAACUACUGCUCCACCUUUUGCCAGAGAAAGGAUUGGAGAGACCACCAGCACAACUGUUGCCAGGGCAACACCACUGGGACACAGGAAAUAGUUCAAAUCCAGGGCAUGGAGGUGGAGAAGGUGAAGAUGUAGUGCCAGGCGGAGGUGGAGAAGGUGAAGAUUUCAGAUCCGAUGCUGGACAAGUGGAAGAGCUGGUAUCGAAGAGGUGGUGCGCAUACAGACUGGCGCGUUGCUGUGAAAACGGGGCUGAGGUCAUCGAUGUCCUGCACCUGCUGCUCCCUCCGUGGUCUGAAAAUGACAGAAUUAUGAGUGAAAUGGGGCUGAGGUCAUCGAGGCCAUGAGUGGAAACGGGGCUGAGGUCAUCGAGGCUAUGAGUGAAAUGGGGCUGAGGUCAUCGAGGCCAUGAGUGGAAACGGGGCUGAGGUCAUCGAGGCUAUGAGUGAAAUGGGGCUGAGGUCAUCGAGGCCAUGAGUGGAAACGGGGCUGAGGUCAUCGAGGCUAUGAGUGAAACGGGGCUGAGGUCAUCAAUGUCCUCCACCUGAUGCUCCCUCCGUGUGCUGUUCCCUCUGUGGACUGCUGCAGGCUAGUGGUCUGGUGGUCUGCUGCAGGCUAGUGGUCUGGUGGUCUGCUGCAGGCUGGUGGUCUAGUGGUCUGGUGGUCUUCUGCAGGCUAGUGGUCUGGUGGUCUGCUGCAGGCUGGUGGUCUAGUGGUCUGGUGGUCUUCUGCAGGCUAGUGGUCUGGUGGUCUGCUGCAGGCUGGUGGUCUAGUGGUCUGGUGGUCUUCUGCAGGCUGGUGGUCUAGUGGUCUGGUGGUCUUCUGCAGGCUAGUGGUCUGGUGGUCUGCUGCAGGCUGGUGGUCUAGUGGUCUGGUGGUCUGCUGCAGGCUGGUGGUCUAGUGGUCUGGUGGUCUGCUGAAGGCUGGUGGUCUAGUGGUCUGGUGGUCUGCUGCAGGCUGGUGGUCUAGUGGUCUGGUGGUCUGCUGAAGGCUAGUGGUCUGGUGGUCUGCUGAAGGCUGGUGGUCUAGUGGUCUGGUGGUCUGCUGAAGGCUAGUGGUCUGGUGGUCUGCUGCAGGCUGGUGGU